CAAAUUCCAGAAGAAGAUCUAAACAAAAACUAUCGAAAUGGCUCUCAACGUGAACCGCGCUGUCGCUGAUCCAUUCUACCGCUACAAGAUGCCCAAGCUGUCAGCAAAAGUCGAAGGCAAAGGAAACGGAAUCAAAACGGUCAUUUCCAACAUGUCUGAGAUCGCGAAAGCUCUCGAGCGUCCGCCGAUGUACCCCACGAAGUACUUUGGCUGUGAGCUCGGGGCUCAAACGAACUUCGAUGCCAAGAACGAGCGUUACAUUGUCAACGGCGAGCAUGAUGCCAACAAGCUCCAGGAUAUUUUAGAUGGUUUCAUUAAAAAGUUUGUGCUUUGCAAAUCAUGUGAAAACCCGGAAACUCAGUUGUUUGUCCGUAAAAAUAACAUCAAGAGCAAGUGCAAGGCAUGUGGAUGUUCGUUCGACAUUGAUCUCAAACAUAAGCUGUCUACAUUCAUCAUGAAGAAUCCUCCAAAGAUUGAUGUCGAUUUUUCCAAAGCCGAACAAAAGAAUGGAAAGAAGACAUCGGGUGCUGACGCCGCCGCCGCCGUGGCUGCCGACAUAAUCCACAACAGCGACAAAGGCAGUUCGAAUGAUGACGACGACGACGAUUGGGAACCUGAACCAGUCGAGCCGAAUGGCAUGCUGUCGGCGGGAAUGGGCAAGCUCGUGCUGGACAAGGAUCUUGAGAAGAGCGAAGAACAGCGUCUCGACAUGCUUCACACAUUCUUCUUGAAAGCCAAGGAAGAAGAUAGAAUUUCUGAUGCCAAGGGACAAACUGCUCUACGUGACGAAGCUGAGAGACUUGAGCUGAAGCAAAAAGCAUCUCUCCUUCUCGCGAACGUUUUUCUUGAUGAGAAAGUAAUCACUGACAAACAAAUCAGCAAACACCGCAAUCUUCUGCUUCGCUUCACGUUGAAUGACAAGAAAGCUCAAAGAUACCUGUUGGGAGGAGUUGAGCAAGUAAUUCACAAACAUGAAGCGGAACUUCUGUCUAAAUCAGCUCACAUCAUUAAGUCAUUGUAUGAUGAAGAUGUCUGCGAAGAGGAUUCGCUUAUUUCAUGGGGAGAGAAGCCGUCGAGUAAGUAUGUCUCCAAAUCUUUUGCCAAGAAGAUUAUUGAGAACUCUCAACCAGUGCUCAACUGGCUGAAAGAAGCGGAAGAAGAAACCGAAGAAGAGUCCGACGAUGAGAUUGCGUUCGGAGGAGACGUCAAGGAGAGUGAAUUCCUUCGUCAACAGAAGGAGAAGGCUGCUAGAGAAGCUCAGCAAAAAUCAGCCAAGGCUACAAACGGCAAUGCUGCUGCUGCAUCCGGAGCAAAUGAUGAAGAGGACUUGGAUAUUGAUGACAUUUAAUUGUACAGAUGCUUUUUUAAAAUUUACCUGGGCUACUUAUGUUUUUUGUGUAUUUCUUCCCAUAUUCGAACCAAUUCAACUAAUUUCGAAGAAGCCUCAGUUUUUUUUUGCUUUCUCCCCCUUUCAAUAGUAAGCAUCAUUUCAUUUCUGUCUUCUGUCUUUUCUGUUCCUACGCUGUUUUCCCUUCACCAAAUCCAAUUCAUUUAUUCGUAAAGUCAUUACUAUUUGUUGUUAAUCGUAAACAUUUGGGAAUAUUCUUGUUCAAUUCAGUCUUAU